CGAGGAUGCGCCACGACUGUCACCAUGGAGUAUCUUCCUAGUCUUCAGGAGGAGUUUGACGAGCUCAAGCCGUCUCUUUUUGAACUCCUCGCAGAGCAGCAACUAUCAGACCUCCUCCCUCCCUCCCUCCGCUAUCUCCUUGCAGUCGCGACUCAUCGACAUCCCCGAUAUCUCCUCCGCGUCCUGAACUCUUAUGACGAGAUCUACGCACUUCUCUCGCUGGUAGUCGAGCGCUACUACCUGCGCAACUUCGGUGGCUCCUUCACCGAGAACUUCUACUCCCUCAAACGGGAGCGCGUCCUCCUCACGAAAAAUGGCGAAGUCCCCCGAGCCCAACUGGGCGCCCCAGCCCCCGUCCGUGAAUCCCUCAAGCUGCGGGAUUCCGACGUGUGGAAGAAUCUCUUCGUCAUGGUCGGCAUCCCCUACCUGAAGCGCAAGCUCGAUGAGGGGUACGACGUGCACGCGGCGCCGCACGCCGCACUGAUCACAAGCGGCGGGCCGCGAUAUAACCCCAGCGACGACCUGCCGCCGAAUCCGACUAUUAAGCAGCGUCUGGCCUUCUACUACAAGUGGUUCCUGCGGAACGUCUACCCGUCCGUCAACGCAGCCUAUCACUUCUCCGUCCUCGCCUUCAACCUCGCCUACCUCUUCGACAACACCAAGUACUCCUCCCCCUUCCUGUGGCUGAUCGGGACGCGCAUCCGCCGUCUCGGCGCAGCAGACCACCGCGCCAUCGCGGCCGUCCUGGAGCCCAAGCCCAAGCCUGGUCCCGCAGCCGGUGGUGCGCGUCGUCCGGGCUCCGGCCUCCUGGGGAUGCUGAGCCCGCAGAACCUGUAUCCGCAGGCUCUGUCCUCGCUGCGUUACUUCCUGCCGGCAUCGAUCUUCGCGCUCAAGUUCCUGGAAUGGUGGCACGCAAGCGACUUCUCGCGGCAACUCGCCCGCAAAGCCACCGACAUGCUGGACCUGCCGGCCCCCGUCGUCAACGGCAUGACCCCGCCGUCGGAGAAGCGUCGUCUCGCAGAGGAAGCCCAAGCCAAGGCCCAAAAAGCUGCCGAGACCGAGAAGAACAAGAGCCCAGAGCCUGACUCGCCCCGCAAAUCUGCCCUCAAGGCGGCGCCCGUCGGGAACCGCAUCCAACCGCCCAUCUCGGCCACGUCUUACCUGCCCAUCUUCACUGUGCCUCUCCCGCCGGCAGACUCGGACGCCGCGUCGACUUGUCCCAUAUGUUUAAAUGCGCUAGCUAACCCGACCGCCUGCCAGUCAGGCUACGUGUUCUGCUACGUGUGCAUCUUCCGCUGGGUGAACGGGGAGCAUCAGCGCCAGGUUGACUUCAUGAACGGUGAGGGCGCCGGUGCGGCGUGGGAGGAUGAGGACGAAGAGGAGGGAGAGAAAGACGACGAGGCUGCUGAGACGCAGGGACAGAGCCGUCAGGGCAAGUGGGAGAGCGGACAGGGUCGGUGUCCGGUUACGGGGCGCAGGUUGUUGAGCGGUACGGAGGGGUUGCGUAGGGUGCUGGUUUAGAUGUUUGAUGCUCUUUCUAUGACUUAUAUUGUAUAUAAAUAUACCUCGUCUUUGCAUGCAUUUUUUUCUUUCUUUCGAUGAUAUCGAUGUGGAUUCGAUUGAGCAAACCC